CCAUGCCAAAUGCCAUGCUGAUAUCGUGUUAAGGUCAAAACACGGUUCCUCCAUUUCAUAGUCUGGCUACCAAAGGAGCAUAUUAGCAUAACCCCUUCGACGUCAUUUUGGGUUGAUCUCGUGCUGUAUUUCCGCCCGAAGUUUGAUGAAACCAUCGUUCGUAAAUAAGAAAACAAGGGAAGAGAUCGAGAGUUACUCAUAGUUCUCAUUUCUCAAAUUUCUGCUUUGGUGGUGAUGGACCCCUCGAAUCUUUCUUCUCUUCCCGAAGAGACCUCGGAAGAGGAACCUCAGCACAUUUCUGCUUUUUCUUCGGUUCCUCCUCGCCCAGCAGCUCAGGCUUCUUCAAAAUUCUCACCUUUAGAAUGGUCGGGUUAUUUUGAUCAAGAGGAUGACAUCACUUUUCCUGGAUCAAAUGAUGUUUAUCAUGUAUACAAGGCAGGAGCUGAAGGACCAGUUGUUUUUUGUCUACAUGGUGGUGGCUAUUCAGGGCUUUCAUUUGCAUUGUCAGCAAGCAAAAUUAAGGAGAAGGCUCGAGUAGUAGCUAUGGACCUGCGGGGACAUGGAAAGUCAAUCACAGAAAAUGAUAUAGACCUCUCUAUUGAGACAUUGUGCAAUGACGUUUUGGCUGUUAUAAAGGCAAUGUUUGGAGAUUCUCCUCCUGCAAUUGUGCUUGUUGGCCACAGCAUGGGAGGCUCAGUUGCUGUGCAUGUAGCAGCAAAGAAAGAAAUUCGAAGCUUGGCUGGGCUUGUUGUUGUUGAUGUUGUGGAGGGUACGGCCAUGGCUUCAUUGAUUCACAUGCAGAAAGUCCUAUCAAGCAGAAUGCAGCAUUUUUCUUCCAUUGAAAAAGCGAUUGAAUGGAGUGUGAAAGGAGGCUCAUUAAGGAACAUUGAGUCUGCUCGGCUGUCCAUUCCGUCGACUUUGAAGUAUGAUGACUCAAAGAAAUGUUAUAUUUACCGAACACGGCUAGAAGAAACUGAAGGAUACUGGAGGGGCUGGUAUGAAGGGCUUUCUGAAAAGUUUCUCUCAUGUCCUGUGCCAAAGCUGUUACUAUUAGCAGGAACAGACAGACUGGACAGAUCUCUCACGAUAGGUCAAAUGCAAGGCAAGUUCCAAAUGGAGGUUGUCCGGCACACUGGUCAUGCUAUACAGGAAGAUGCAUCUGAUGAAUUUGCAUCACUUAUACUCAAUUUUAUUGCUCGCAAUCGUAUUGGCCCUCAUGGAAUUGAGAUACCAGGACUCCGUCGACCACAGCAAUAGUUGCCUUGAAUUAAAUACCAGAGAAAUCAAGGGAAAAAGGUCAUUGAUUUGACAAGCAUCAAAGAUGAGCUGAGAAAACCAAAUCAAAUCAAGUUCGGUUGAUUCUAAAAUGUCGUAAUGAAUGUUGUUGAAGAUCCUCUAACCUUAUUUCCUGGUUUUCAAAUUUUAGAAAACCAAAUCAAAUUAUGGGACCUGCUUUCCUGAAAUACUGGGGUUUGGAAAAUGACUACGUUGGCAAACACCCUUUAGAUUAUGGAGUUCUGAACCAAGGGUGGCAUUUGUAUGGUAAUACAAUUUUUGUCAGAGGUUUGUUCAUUUCAACUUUCAUUCAAGAUUUUUUCAGUUUUGACUUCAA